CGUGCACUCCCAACAUUUCGACUUUGACUGUUCUCUCUCCAUCUCUCUACCACUGGCACUGCCAAGCAAAAGCAUUUUUUUUGCAUCUGUGUUUCCUGUCGCGUGUUCUUCCGUCUGGCUAUUUGAUUGUUCUUGAUUGAAUUGGGUCUGGAUUUUACUGGUUCUUAAAGUGGUAUUGGAGCAAGAAACAUCUGUGGCUAUCUUUUGGCUGAGAGAAACAGUAUGCGGUGGUUUUUAAGUCUUUCUGUAGAUGUGUAUAGGAAAGUUAUCUCCCUGAACCUCUACUGUAGAGUGAUCCUGUAAUUUCUUUUUCCCCAUCAACUAUACCCUCCAAUUCUACUGCUUUUUUCAUUCAGUCUACUUUCCAUGGGAUCGACUUUUUUUGUUGUUAUUCCCUGUUAUGUCCGCCAGAUUAGCUGAAGGGGAAUCAAUCUUUUACAAUUUCCAAUUGUAUCUUGCUCAUUUCUCUUGAUUAGCUGUAUUAUUCUUUUACUUUUGUUGGUCUACUCUCUCCAGCUACGUUUAUUGAGCGUCCAUUGUGGUUUAUGUGUCUGGCUUUUUUCCUGUUGUUCAAUUGGUAUCGCCUAGCGUGCGGCCUGCGAGUAUUUGGUUUAUAUUCCCCUGGAAGAUUGUACUCUAUUCUGUUUUCAUUAUAUUGAAGGAUUGGAAAGUAGUUAUGGUGUGCCAAGCAGCAAGCCAAACAAAUUUUCGGGCAUUGAAACACGAAAAUGGGAUUGCUGGGACUGCCACCAUUAUAGUUAGAGUCAUAGCAUGCUUUCAACCUCUUCAAGAUUGCCAGGCUGAAUAUUUCCGUCAUUUGCUUAAACCUGUAACGUAGAUUUAUUUUUUGUCCUUCUGUUUUCAAGUUAAGCUGGAGUUUUUUGUUUUUCCUAUUACUACUGAAAGAAACAGCAAGUAAACAACCACUUUUACUAGUGAGAAAUCCUUCUGGUUAUUGUUUUGGUUGGAUGGGUGAAGACUGGGUAUCCUGGUUUCCUCAGCAACAAUUUGAUUGGCAAAUGCUCAAUCUGAAUCACUUGGGUGCUCCAUUUAACUUGGGGCAGCAGUAUUCCAUCCCUUCACUUGUGAACUCUGGCACUGACAUGGUUUCUAUAAAUGGGACUUUACCUGUAUAUCCAUACCCUGAGCAACCUCAUUCGCAUGUUGGUCAAGCAAAUGAAAGUCAUGGUUGGUUUUACCGUGUGCCUCGUUUCCAACAGGCUUUUGCACCUACUUUACAUUCUGGUCUCAAAGAGAAACUCUCAACUGCCCCUUGUGACAAUCAUACAGAGGCCAUCAUGCCCAAGGUGGAGUCUGGGUGUGCUCAAAAGAGAUUCCUUGUGUUUGAUCAAUCAGGCGAUCAAACAACUUUGGUUUUUAGUUCUGGGAUUGGAUCUCCUGUCCAAUGCUUUUCUUCUUGGGGUCCAAAUCCAACUGGUCUGUAUAAUUUGAAGAGGGAAGAUCCUGGGACUAAAGAAAAUCUGAAUAUUCACUUAGGGUCAAUUGCAGAUGACCAUUUUGAUGAAAAUAAUGAUACUGAUUUGCACAGUGAGAUGCAUGAGGACACUGAAGAACUGAAUGCAUUACUUUACUCAGAUGAUGAUAGCGAUUCCACCAAGGAUGAUGAAGUGACUAGUACUGGUCACUCGCCUAGUACAAUGACAACGCACUGCAGGCAAGAUUGGUUUGAGGGAAGUACAGAAGAGGUUGCAAGUUCUGAUGGUUCAACUAAGAAGAGAAAAUUGUUUAUUGAAGGUUAUAGUGAUGCACCGGCACUGAUGGACACUGCUACUUCUAAGAAAUCCAUUACAAGUUUUGAGCAUGAGGAUGAUGCUGAAUCUAGGUGUGAUGGUGACAUGAACUGGGCUUCAGGUGAGAUGGGUUAUGAAUCAAGCAAUAAGAGGAUUAGAAAAGAGAGAAUAAGAGAGACUAUCAGCAUUUUGCAAAGCUUAAUUCCGGGUGGAAAGGGGAAGGAUACAACUGUGGUUCUUGAUGAAGCUAUUAAUUACUUGAAAUCCUUGAAGCUGAAAGCAAAAGCUUUAGGACUUGAUGUGCUGUGUGAUUAGUAAAACUUCAUCGAGUAAUUUUAGUACUAGUACUAGGUCUUUUCAGUUAAAAUGUGAAUUAGAAGUUAAUAUGGUGUGCAGAAUAAGUCAGGUAAAUAUGAGCUGGGCACGGACUUGCAGGUUUGUUCACGAUAGAUGAAUUUCUUGCAAAAGAAUCACAAAAAGAGCACCAUUGCAGUAUCUAAUCAAUGAUUGAUUUAGAAAUCAACAAGCUUUAGAUAUUAAUAUUUUUUAUAGUUCCUGUAAAGAGGAAGGCAAGUGCAGCAUUAUAUGUCCCAUUAAAGGAAGAGAUAGAAUGAUUAAGGCGUCUUAGGGCCUAGAGAAAGUAGCACUCACACUUGAGCGUGGAGAAUGGUUGUGAAUGAGAAGACUAGUUAUUCCAGAGGGACCGCGGCAAAGAAAGAUGAAUGCACGCUGCUUUUGUGUUUUGGGACCCAAUCUUCACUUUCUCACCCCUUUUUGUAUUUUUGUCAUGUAUUUGUUUUUCUCGGUGGGGUUAUCACUUUCUUGAUGUGUAACAUUGCACGAGCAAGGGCCUCCUCCAUCUUUUAUCUUGGCGACCUCCUGGGCCCCCCUGAUUUGCUAUUUCAUGCAUCUGCGCAGGCGCUGUUACUCUAUCUGCUCUGCUUUCGGAAAGAUAAGCUUGGCUUGGCUUUUUAAACGGGUAGGAGUGUUUGAAAUUUGAUCAUGAAAGAACAUUUAUGUUUGUUUGCUCUCUUGUUUGCCUCAAGCUCAUAGCUGUACCUUUCCUAUUGUUAUUUCUUUCAAGUGACUCUGGUUUUGGUUGGUUAGAUGUAAUUUAAUUUGCUUGGUUUUACUAUUGUCUUUAUGCCUAUGUACAUAUGCUGCAUGCAAAUAUUUAUUAAA